GCGCUGAGCUGAAAAAUCAUUCACGCCUCAAACACGAAUCAGUGAUCAUCCUUCCUAUCUCCUUAAUUUACAAAAACACAUUAUGAGAUCGUUCGUGGUCCUCUCGGCGCUGGUGGCGGUGGCGCUGGCGGCGCCGCAGUUCCAGCAGUACAGCCCGCAGGGGCAGGUCAUCCCCAUCGUGCGCCAGCAGCAGGAGGUCAACUUCGACGGCUCCUACCAGUACAGCUACGAGACGGGCAACGGCAUCGCGGCGCAGGAGCAGGGCUACCUCAAGAACGCCGGCGUGAAGGACCAGGAGGCGCAGGUCGCGCAGGGCUCCUACUCCUACACCUCGCCCGAGGGCAUCCCCAUCACGCUCACCUACACCGCUGAUGAGAACGGUUUCCAGGCCCAAGGCGCGCACCUCCCCACCCCGCCCCCCAUCCCGGAGGCCAUCCAGCGCGCGCUCCAGUACAUUGCCUCUCAGCCGCCGCAGCCGCAGCAGUACCAGCCAGCCCAGCCCUUCCAGCAGCCCUUCCGUGGAUAAAUGGAAUCUACCGCCCUAAAGUUCAAACGGCUUAAAUGAUACAAUGCAGGCUGGCUGGAAAGAAAAUGAGGUCGAAUAGCGCUGACAAGAAAAAGAAAAAAUAUUGAAAAGUUUUUCGCUUCGUUUUUAGAUUUAAAUUCUUCCUCCUUUUUUACUUCUCUAUGUUUCGAUGUUUUUUUCCUUCGUAGUAUCUAGUAGGUAUAUAUUGUUUUACCUUCUCGUUUCGUACUUUUCUUGUAUUUUUUUCAUUCUUACGAUAUUGUAUGAAAUAUGCUGUUACGAGUAUUGUAUCAUUUAAAUAGUUAAAGUGGGCUUGAAAGGAACCACCGACCAAAGCGCGAAUUUUUUUAUGAUACUCAAUUCAAUGAUGUCUUGGAAAAUUUAUGUGAGACAAUUCUCAAUAAUAUGAACUAGGCUGAAUGCCAUAAGAUAGCGAUCUGUUACUGUGAUUUUAUUUUAUAUUUAAGAGCUACUACAUAUGAGAAACAAUAAAAACUCAUACUUUAACAUAA